UCUUGUCUAUUCUUUGCACCUUUCCCCUAAGAACCCUUUUCACAUCCAUAGUAAUCUCAAGCUGUUUCAGUUCAAGAUCUUCUCUGAACUUGAACUGAAAUUUCGACAAAGAUGUGGGCUUUGUGCUUUGGAGCAUUGGUACUUGUUAUAAGCAUUACUCAUUGGGUUUACAGGUGGAGGAAUCCCAAAUGCAAUGGCAAGCUUCCACCAGGUUCAAUGGGAUUGCCACUUAUUGGGGAGACUUUACAGUUCUUCACUCCCAACACCUCUUCUGAUAUUCCUCCCUUCAUCAAGAAAAGGAUGGAAAGGUAUGGGCCAAUUUUCAGGACUAAUUUGGUGGGAAGACCAGUAAUAGUAUCAACAGACCCGGAUCUCAAUUACUUUGUAUUCCAACAAGAGGGUAAUUUGUUUCAUAGCUCAUAUCCUUAUACCUUCACGGAGAUUUUUGGGAGACAAAAUGUGGGUAACUUGCAUGGGAUCACGUACAAGUACCUCAAGAACAUAGUGCUCCAUCUCUUUGGCCCUGAAAGUCUUAAAAAGAUGAUCCCAGAAAUUGAAGAGACAGCACUCAGAAGAUUACAACAAUGGUCUUGUGAGGACACAAUAGAAUUCAAAGAUGCAUCUGCAAGUCUGAUAUUUGAUCUCACCGCAAAGAAACUUAUCAGUUAUGACUCAGAAAAGUGCUCGGAGAAGAAUUUACGCAAAAACUUCGUUGCAUUCAUACAAGGAUUGAUUUCCUUCCCUGUGGACAUCCCUGGAACAGCUUAUCACAAAUGUUUACAGGGUAGGAAAAAUGCAAUGAGAAUGUUGGUAAACCUGCUACAGGAAAGACGAGAAAAGCCGCGAAAGCAGCCUAUAGAUUUUUUCGAUCACGUGCUUGAAGAACUCAAGAAAGAGGAAACGAUGUUAACAGAAGAAAUUUUUCUGGAUUUAAUGUUUGUACUGCUUUUCGCGAGCUUUGAAACAACUUCCCUAGCUCUAACAUUAGCCAUCAAGUUUCUUUCAGACCAUCCUGCAGUGCUAAAGAAAUUAACGGAAGAGCAUGGGAUGAUCAUAAAGCAAAGGGAAAAUGCUGAUGCUGGACUUACAUGGAAAGAAUACAAAUCAAUGACAUUCACAUUUCAGAUCAUCAACGAAACAGUUAGACUGGCAAAUAUAGUUCCAGCUAUCUUUCGCAAAGCAAUAAGAGAGAUACAGUUUAAAGGACAUACCAUUCCAGCAGGUUGGGCAGUAAUGGUUUGUCCCCCAGCCGUACACUUAAACCCUCAAAAAUAUGAUGAUCCUGUGGCCUUCAAUCCAGGGAGAUGGGAGGGAAUGUUAACAAGUAGUGCAUCAAAAAAUUUCAUGGCUUUUGGCGGUGGCAUGAGAUUCUGUGUUGGAACAGACUUUGCUAAGGUGCAGAUGGCUGUAUUUCUGCAUUGCUUGGUGACCAAGUACAGGUGGCAAGCAGUGGGGGGAGGAAAUAUAGUCCGAACUCCGGGUUUACAAUUCCCGGAUGGUUUUCACAUUCGAAUACAGGAGAAAGAAUAACAGGAAACAGCAAACUCCAGAUGCUAGCAGAAAUGUCAACAGGCAAGUGAGAUGGCUAGAGACAGAUGAACAUCAAAAUUGGAAUAUGUACAAAGAUGAAAAGCAAUCAUGAUUUUGCUUAGGGUCGGUCACGUACAAAGUUUUAUGCUUCUACUUCUAAUUUUUGUUUUUUUGUUUUUGCAAUGUUCAG